CAACCUCUCGUGCCUUGUGGCUAUAAAACGAUCAAUGGCGUCCGCCGCCUUCGCUCUCUCUUCCCUCCGUCUUCGACCUAUCUCCGCUGCCGGAGCUCGACCAAACGACAGAAACUCUAGGAGAACUUCUCGGCACAACCCUAACCUCAAGUACCGCAAGCCCCCCGACACGCCUCCCUCCUACCUCUCCGCUGGCGGCGCUGGGGAAGCUACCACUUACACUCGGCUCCCUCCCAAGGACGAUUUCUCCGGGGAUACUUCCGUCUCUGGGAUCUCCUCGAUUGGGGAGAUCAGGUUGCGAGAGUCGCCGGUUCCAGCCUUGGACUCCGGUAAGAAGCAGCAUUCCGAUCGCAAUCGCCGUGGAAGGCAAGAGAAGAAGGACAGAGGUUCCAACUUUGUGGAAGACAUCGACGAAGACGAAGAAGAAGAAGAAGAAGAAGAAGAAGAAGAAGAAGAAGAAGGGCAAGAGCUUGAGGAGUUUGGGGGGUUCGAUUUCAAUCCCAAUUCCGUCUUCGAUCCAUCCCUCGGUCCGCCCCAAUUAAUUUCGAGAGAGACGAAGGGUCAACGGGAAAAGAAUCGUGCGCAGAAUUCGACCUCCAAUUCAAGCAGGAACGUCUAUGGUGUGGGUGUUACGGAAGAGACUGACGAUGAAGAUUUUUUGGAUUUUGAGUCGCCGGAUGAUGAAGUGAUUUUGGCAUAUGAAUCCAGUCCUCCCGAAAUUGAGGCAUCGGGGUUGGAGUUGGACUCGCAAGCCGAUGGAGAAAUGCAGGAUUUUUUUGACGGGGAGGAAGAGUUUGGAGAGGAGGAAGUGAAGGAGAAGGGGAUUCCUGCGAUUAUGAGGUGCUUUGAUCGGGCAAAAAUAUAUGUUAAGGCCGGGGAUGGAGGGAAUGGAGUUGUGGCAUUCCGGCGUGAGAAAUUCGUCCCUCUUGGUGGUCCAUCUGGAGGAGAUGGAGGGAAGGGAGGAAACGUGUAUGUGGAGGUUGAUGGCGCAAUGAAUUCCUUGUUGCCAUUUCGUAAAAAUGUGCACUUUAGGGCUGGGAGAGGUGGGCAUGGGAAGGGAAGCAAGCAGGUUGGAGCAAAGGGGGAGGAUGUCGUUGUGAAGGUGGCACCUGGAACAGUGAUCAGAGAGGCCUUCAAAGGCGGCAUGCAAGGUGAGGUUUUGCUCGAGCUAAUGCUUCCUGGGCAGCGGGCACUUCUGUUGCCUGGGGGGAGGGGUGGGAGAGGUAAUGCAUCAUUCAAAUCAGGAACUAAUAAAGUACCCAAGAUUGCUGAAAAUGGAGAAGAGGGUGCUGAAAUGUGGUUGGAUCUGGAACUAAAGCUGGUAGCUGAUGUUGGAAUUGUGGGUGCUCCAAAUGCUGGAAAAAGCACACUUUUAAGUGCUAUAAGUGCUGCUCAGCCAACCAUUGCUAAUUAUCCCUUCACAACUUUGCUUCCAAAUUUGGGAGUGGUUUCAUUAGAUUUUGAUGCCACCAUGAUUGUUGCUGAUCUACCUGGUUUGCUUGAAGGUGCUCACAGGGGCUUUGGCUUAGGCCAUGAAUUCCUAAGACACACUGAAAGGUGUUCUGUCCUGGUGCAUGUUGUUGAUGGUUCAGGGCAGCAGCCUGUGUAUGAAUUUGAGGCAGUUAGAUUGGAACUGGAAUUAUUUAGCCCAGAACUUGCCGAUAAGCCAUACAUUGUCGUGUAUAAUAAAAUGGAUCUUCCAGAAGCAUAUGAGAGAUGGGGCACAUUCAAAGAACACCUACAAGCUCAUGGUAUCCUACCUUUAUCUAUGAGUGCAAUGAAUAGGCAAGGGACACAAGAUGUUAUCAAUGAUGCCUAUGGUCUUCUACAAAAAGAAAGGAAACGAAAGGAGGAACUUGAAGAUUGGACUGGUCCAUUUAAUCUAAAUCAUGUUGCGGAUACAAUACAAAAGGAAAGAAGCUCUUCCAUGAACGACUUCCAAAUUGUUCAUGAUAGCAGCUCCAAUAUAUGGCAUGUUGAAGGAGCUGGAUUAAGACGUUUUGUUCAAAUGACAAAUUGGCAAUAUUCUGAAUCUUUGAGAAGAUUCCGGCACGUUUUGGAGGCAUGUGGUGUUUACAAAUCUUUACUCAAACAAGGUGUCAAAGAAGGCGACACAGUUAUUGUGUCCGAGAUGGAGAUGGUAUGGCAUAAUGAGGCCGAGAAGAAUAAUCUGCCAGGCACGAGAAAACAUGCAACUGGUUCUGUAAAAUGGCCGCUUUGUUAGUGGAGUAUGCAAUAUGGCUUUCUAUAAAUUCAGUUUGGUUUCUAAGAAAUGCUUGAUUGGUUACACAUACUUUAUAAUUGGACUUCUUCGAUGGAAUCAAAAUCUAAGAAACCCAAAUUUGUUGUUUAUUUUAUGUUUCCUCAUGACUUAUCUUUGUAGAAUCCAUACAGUUUGUACUAAGUAUUCUAGAUAAAUAAUAUCUCCCAAUUUCAUUAUCAGUUUGCAUUUCACUCAAUUUGAGAGAUGUAAUCUGGUCAUGUUCUAGAUAUUAUUCUUCGGUAAUUGCCUGAAUAUGUCUCCUAUAGUUCCCAAAUGCCCAGUUAAGAGUUUGCAAAUGCUAUGACAGUAUUUUAAGACAAAUUUAUCUGUCAGUAGAAAUUCUUCCACCCCAGCCCUAAACCCUAAAACCCUAAAUCACGGCCGAAGUGCAAUUUGCCACCUCAGCCCUUGUAAGUAAGAUGACAUUGUGAAAGCUGAGAAAACAUAAAUGACAAACUAGAGCUUGUAUUAGCACUCUGAGGCGGAAUUGCCAGUGUAGAAUGGUCUUGAUUAUCACUAAUGGAGAUUGUACAUAGUAUAUAACUAGGAAGUGGAGCUGUGACUGAAUUACAAUGAUUGUCUUGGCUUGCCAAGAUUUUUGAUGGGGUCGGCUCCGAGUGGUUAUUGACUCUACUCUCAAGGGAGGACAUGCACUAUGCGUGCCUGAUUCAAUUCAAAUCUUGAGAAUCUUACUUGAAGUGUGAUCAAGUCCCAAGAGAUGAUGAUUAAUUAUGGAGAAAUUUACGACAAAGAUUAAUUCAUGAUUAAAGUGUAAACUAGAAAUGUUUUGCAAGCAAGAGGAAGAAUAAAAUAAUGUAAACUAGAUCUUUUUAGUGAUUACAACCCGGUUGUCUAUUUUACUUUAUAAUUAGUUUACUAAAUCCUCUUUGCCAAAUUUAGGAUAUAAUACAAGAUAUGCUCCUUCUUCGAAGGGCCACAUUUCUAGUAUGAAAGAAGGAUUGGAUAUUCUAACCUUGGCUUUAGUCUAAGAGGGUGUUUGGUUGGUGAGUUUGGGAAUGAGAAAAUGGAAUGAUAGUAAAAAAUAGUGUUUGGAUUGUCGGUUUGGGAAUGAUAAUUUGGGUAUACUUUCCAGACUUAUGGAAUCAACCAAACCCAUAUAAGUGUGUGUUUCCUAUUAAGGAAAAAAAUAAAAAUAAAAGUGCAAGAAAGAUUUCUCCAGCAACACUUUUCCUUUGAUUUCUUUGGAGGAAAUAAGAGAAGGAAGAAAAAAAUUAGAGAAAUCUUUCUUCAGUUUUUUUUCCUAUUUUGUUUCUAUCUAAUUUGGGUGUAAACACUAAUUUUCACAUGCAAUAGAGCUCAAAUUCAAUAUUAAACUAGUUAAAAUUAUUUUAUCUUUGCAAAUCUAUUUUUGAUUAAUAUUUUUAAUAAAUAAAGUUUAAAAUUUUAAGUUAUUUUUUGAAAAAAAAUCCUAGCUAUUUCCUUCCUUUAUAAGAAACAGAGCCUAAGAGAUCUUUAUACUCUUAGCAAAGGAAUACUUAAGAAAAAAGGGAAAAAAUGAGUCUGCUGCUUUUCAUGCUUAAAAAAGGAUGCAGCCCUGCCCUCACUAAUGCCUUCACUUGUAUUUCACCAAGACUCUUACAACGUAUGGUGUGAGAACUCUUACCUGUUUAACACUACACCCAAAUUCUCAUGGAGAUAUAGCGGUCUUUGCUGAUAUGUUACAGUCGGAUCUUAUAACGCGAACUCUUGUAUAUUUAACACUACACUCGAGUUUUGGAGAUGUAGUGGUUCUUGUCGAGACGUUACAGUCGGACUCUGCAAUGUGUUCCUUCCGAGGACCUUGUAAUGCUGGCUGGCAACUUAACGCAACCCUCUUCUUUUAUCCGAGCUUGGGACUGACCAUGGCUGAUCGUCAUGGGCGGAGUUACAAAUUCAAAUUUAAAUAAAGUAAUUAAUAAAAAUUUAAUCAAUUUAAACCUUAAGAUAAACUUAAAACCUAAAA